AUCCCUUUUCAGAACUUGAAAAUUCCUAAAAUUACCCAAAUAAAUAUGCUUUUUAAGCCAUUUUGCUUUUCCGCCCAAACCGAAAAAUCGUUCCACCCUCUUAGUUUACCACUGUCUUGAUUUGUUUGAUUUUGGGUUUUCAGUAACUGGACAAAUGGUUGCCGCCAGAGCAAAAUUACUUGCAGUUUAGAAGAGCUCCGAUCCCGAUCCCACUGAAGAGUCUAAAUCAGUUUUUCGAAUCCCAAUCGCCUAAGCUAAAGCCAAAAAAAAAAAAGCCCAAAACUCGAAAGCUAUGGUGGUUGCUAGUUCUAAUCCUCACAACAAGGAGAUGCAAAUCCGUAGAAGAAUAAACAACAUAUUCAAUAAAAGAGAAGAGGAUUUUCCAUCCCUGAGGGAAUACAAUGAUUAUUUGGAAGAGGUGGAAGACAUGAUUUUUAAAUUGAUUGAAGGAAUAGAUGUUCAAGCUAUUGAAGAACAAAUUAGUAAGUAUCAGCAAGAAAAUGCUGAGCAGAUUAUGAUCAAUCAAGCUCGGAAGGCCGAAGAUUUAGCUGCAGCUAUGGCAGCAAGCAAGGGACUUCCGAUUCAGGCUGAUACUGAUGCGGCCCUAAACCAGAGCUCUCAAGCAGGGUUUGGUGCUGGUGGCCAAGGUCAAUAUGCACCUACAGUUGCUGGAGGGCAGCCACGACCAACAGGCAUGGCGCCACAACCAGUGCCACUUGCCAGUGGGCUGGACAUGCAUGGUUAUGCUCUUGAUGAUGAGGAAAUGAUGAGGCUCCGAGCAGAAAGAGGUGGAAGAGCAGGAGGGUGGAGUAUAGAGUUGAGCAAGAGGAGGGCCCUGGAAGAAGCCUUUUCAAGCAUUUGGGUUUGAUGUUCUUGAUGAAUACCAGUUUUGGCUCCAUUUUACAUGAUUAAAAACUCCUGUCAAAUAUAGCUUGGGUUUCUGCUGAAUCUUAAAUUAAAUUGUCAAAGGCUCAUCACCCUUUAUCAAUCACAGGCCAAUGCCAUUGCCGGGGUGACUUGUAAGGGGGUUGAAUGUAGCCAAUUUCUAUUGUUCUGAUUCUUCUAUUUCAGGCAUACAUGUAGUCUCUGGAACACUGUUGACCUCUUCA